GUCUCGUGUUAGUCAUAUGACAAAACUUUCACAAUCAUUUUUUCCUCGAUUUCACCCUCUAAUAUCUCAAAGGAAUGAACCAAACGUCAUGGAAAGCUUGAAUAGUUUAGAAACUUCAAACCAGCCGGAAAUUAUCACUCAGACUGUUGAUUCGGAUGCUUUUGACUCAAACAUUACCGACUGUCAAUCGCAACUCAAUCCCGAUUUAGUUGUGUACCCCAUGCGAUCUUUAAUCGAUGAAAAGAUCAGCAUCGUCGUUAGAGGUCUCACUCCAAGACAGCGCAUAACAUUGAAGGCAAAACUAACUGGAGAUUCCAAAGAAGAAUUCGAAUCUUACGGCCAUUUUAUCGCGGAUGGAGCAGGAAGGGUUUGUAUUGCGGAAACUCCAUCGUUAUCGGGAACAUACACCGGUGUCGAUUCUAUGGGUCUACUGUGGAGCAUGAAACUUUUACCUGGACAGAGGAAAGGGCAACGGCUAAGCAAGAAAGACGUCACAAAACCUUAUUACGUUCACCUCCACUUAUUUAAUGGCCAUGUUGAGGAUUUUGCCUGCAAAGAAGUGAAGGAACUGCAGCCGAUCCGUAGCUUGACACUUGAGAGGUGUUACAUGACAUGUGGUGUGCGAAGAAUUCCUGUUAGGAAUGGAAGGUUGCGAGGUACUUUGUUUUUACCUCCUGGAAAAGGACCGUUCCCUGGUAUCAUUGACUUGUUCGGCACGAUUGGAGGUUUAGUAGAGUUCAAGGCCUCCCUUUUGGCCUCUCAUGGCUUUGUAGCCCUAGCCCUGGCCUACUUCGCGUACGAUGACUUGCCAAAGGUACCAACAGAACUUGAGUUGGAGUACUUCUUCGAGGCCUGUGAUUGGAUGCUGGCGCAUCCUGACGUCAUGUCCUGUGGUCUGGGAGUGAUGGGCGUUUCUAAAGGUUCGGAGUUAGCUCUUAUUUUAGCAACACAUCGGAAAGAAGUAACUGCGGUUGUGGGUAUCUCUCCUGCGCAUGCUCUCAUAGCUUUUCCGCUGAAAUAUAAAGGAGAGCCGUUGGCCUUCCUUAAAUUUGAACCGGAUCUCGUCAAGCUGUCAGAAAAUGGAGCUAUGAUCUUUAAAGAAUCAUACCCGCCGGAUGCGACUGAUGGUCCGAGACGUGCCGCUACCAUCGCAGUCGAGAAAAUUCAGGGGGAUAUAUUGCUUAUAUGCGGGGCUGAUGACCAGAAUUGGAGGGCACAGGAAAUGGCACGCAAAAUCCGUUUCAGAUUGCAUAAAUACGGAAAAGGAUCGCGUUGUACAAUCCAUACUUAUCCCGGAACGGGACAUCUGAUUGAGCCUCCUUACACACCCACGUGUCAUCUUUCCUAUCAUAAGUCGUUUGGGAUGUGUGUGGAAUGGGGCGGUGAACCACGACAACAAGCAUUCGCCCAAGAAGAUUCCUGGAAACAUAUCUUAAACUUCUUCGCCAAUAACCUGUCAUUGAAGAAUAAGAAAAGUCGUUUGUAGUUCAACAUUUAGUUCUCUAGGUGGAUUCUGGGCCAAUUUGCAUGGACGCUGAAACCUGAUUUCAUUCGAUUGAUUAUCAA